UCGAGGCGGACUGACACCACAGCUGAGACCAAAAUGGCAAUGGAUAAUUUUAUAUUUGCGCAAUGCAUCCUUUAUUUUUUAGCCUUCGUGUUUGGCUUUAUAGCAGUUGUACCGCUUUCGGAAAACACGGAUGAUUUUCGGGGGAAAUGUCUGCUUUUUACGCGGGGUAUGUGGCAGAAUGAGAACAUCACGGUGUCAAAGCAGCGCUUCAUCAUUGAGGAAUGGGGACCACAGUCAUCCUGCAGCUUCAUCACGGCCGUCGGUAUCGCUUCUCUCAUCCUGUCCGCCGUACAAGCCUGGAGACUGCUGUUCUUCGUCUGCAAAGGCCACGAUGACUCUAUCUUCAAUGCCUUCCUGAACCUACUCAUCAGCACAUUUGUAGUGUUUGCGGUGUUCCUGUCCAGCACAAUAGUCAGUGUGGGUUUCAAUCUAUGGUGUGAUGCCAUCACAGAAGGAGGCAGUAUGCCCAGCAGCUGUGAGGAUCUUCAAGACACUGAUCUCGAACUGGGGUUGGACAACUCAGCUUUUUAUGACCAGUUUGCUAUAGCACAGUUUGGGUUGUGGGCAGCCUGGCUGACUUGGCUAGGUAUCACCGUCAUGGCCUUUCUGAAGGUCUAUCAUAACUACCGUCAAGAGGAUCUGGUUGAUAGCUUAAUCCACGAGAAAGAGUUCCUUCUCGGACGCUCCUCACGUCGGUGUUCUGAUCUGGUAGACGAAAAGAGUGGCAUGAUAUGAUCAACUCAACAUGCAUGUUACAACAUAGAACCCCAUUAUAUUGUUACAGAACGUUGAUUCCAGAACAUUCUGAUUGACCUGUUGCAGUUGACACAAAUCAAAUCUAUGCACUGCCAAGUAAAAUUUUAUUCGUGAGCUUGACUUUUCUCUGCAUUUAUACUUCUGAGGGACAUCAUCAGUUGAGAUCAACUUCAACCAGAUGAUCUUGAAUAAAAUUUUACUUGACAUUCGUUGAUAACUUUGAACACCGAGAAUCUUUAUCAAAAUGCACAUGCACUUGUCUGGACAGAGCUAACGCUCCGCACAUUUACAUUCUAGCUUCAUACAACAAUGUUUAGAUGAAGUUGCAACACAAUGUCCUGAAAAACGAAUUAACUGUGAUGACUCUAUACUUUGCUUAUUUGAAUGUUCUAGUGACUCCUGUGUGACAUACAAUCAAAGUCUAUAUUACUGUAAAUUUUAUUACAACCUAAGUUUAUACAUAACUAAACAAUUAUUUUCUUCUAAAGCCUAUUUAUACCAGUUCUGGAAAGCAGCUUCAAAUCAGUUUUCUAUUCCAUUUGUAACAUGCAUUAGCUGAAGAGUUGGUCUUAUUACAUCGUAGAGCUCAGGUAAUACCACAACAACAAUAAUAAUAAUAAUAAUAAUAAUAAUAAUAGUAAUAAUAAUAAAACAGUUAGCAUAGUGUUUGUUACAUGUCUGGAUUUCUUUACUGUACUUUGCCUUUCUUUCCCUUCCAAUAUUUCCUGUAUGUGUAACAAAAAUAUAACCAAUAUAACCAAGUAGGAUCCUUCUUAUGUUAUGGCAUUGCUAUUUUUAAAUCAUGCUUGCAUGUACAUGUACAGGAUAUAAAACGAACAGACAAUACAUAGACAGAAAUCAGUCAUUAUGAUAUAACAUCGUUCGCUGAUGAAAGAGUGUGAUCUCAUUAGCAUGCAUAGAAAUUCAGAAGUAAAGUGUGGUUCUAGCAUACAUACAUUAAGCUUGAAAAUACUAAAGUUUGGAUACAUGCAAUAUCAACAUAUGGACAGCUUCUGAAAUGUAAACUCUUUUAUGUAUGAACAACUUUAAAAACGUACAAAAAAAAUAUUUAUAUAAAAUUGAAUUGAUCAUAUUGUAUUUCUAAUGAAUGAGAUUUUAAGGGAAUCACAUUUCUUUACUGUUAAAUUUAAGUUAACACGUUUGCCUGAUUUUACAUUAUGGCAUACAAAGAUUGCUACAAAACUAUUAGUUCCACCUGAAUUUCAUUUAUGAAUUCAUUUGCCAUUAAAAAGGUCAUUCUUGGACAAUUAAUGAUAAAUGAGUCCCGCAUGAUUGUGUUUGAAUUUUGAGCUCUGUCUGUCCGAUCAGUCUUCAGAGGAUUCGUAAAGAUGUAUUUGUCUCAUUUGUGCAUCACAUACAUUAAAAGGGUUUACAUUUAGGAUGCUGGUAAAACAUUGGUUUUGUAUGUUUCAGUGUCUAGCCAAAUAUACAAAAAUGUAUAUAUACAUACAGAAACCUACAGAUACUAAUAAGAUCAUAUUGGAUGAAACGUUAGACAUUUGGAGGGCUAACUUAUUGUUUUGCUUGAUCAAAGCUGAUUUUAAUUGUUUUCUACAUGGAAACAUCAAUGAGGUUUAUGCCAUUCCACUAAGUAGAGUUUAUUAUGAUUUAAAGUAAUUACAUUUUUGAUAUGAAGUAUUGUUGUGCAUGCACGCUGCAAUAAAAUUUGAUGUAUGCCCUUUUGGUAUAAGCAUCUUCUGCUAAAUAAAGUUUGAACCCUAAUGCAAUAUAUUUAAGUUCAGCCUGUUAGUUAAUGCUGUGUGAGCAUGAUCUAUGUAUGAUUCAUUGUAUUUCUGAAACACACUCAAGCCCACAUAUUUCUGAGUAAAGAUACAUAAUUAGUUUGUGCAUCAUUUUCUUUAUUGUUUUGUAUUGUGGAUGCAUCUCUGCAGCUUUGCAAUAAUUUAGUCAGUUAAUGUAUUUAUUUU